AUGACAGGCAACGAGGAUGUAAUCUUAUGCAGCGGAUGUUCCUCCGCCCUCGACCUUUGUAUAACAGCGUUAGCACGAAGGGAGCAAAAUAUCCUGAUACCACGACCCGGUUUCUCCAUCUAUCGAACACUUGCGCAAGGUCUUGGUAUCAACGUAAAAUCUUACGACUUACGCCCCGAACUCGGUUGGGAAAUCGAUCUGGAUGAUUUGGAAUCGCAGAUCGACGAAUCGACGGCGGCGAUCGUUAUAAAUAAUCCUUCGAAUCCGUGCGGUUCAGUGUUUAGCAAGGAUCACGCACUUGAUAUUCUCGACGUAGCCGCUCGUUACUACGUACCAAUUAUUGCCGAUGAGAUUUACGAGCACAUGGUGUUCCCGGGACAAACUUUCCAUUCGUUAGCGUCGUUGUCGAGAGAAGUUCCGAUUUUGUCGUGCAGCGGUUUGACAAAAAGAUUUUUAGUGCCCGGUUGGCGUAUGGGCUGGAUAAUCAUUCACGAUCGUCAAAACGUUCUGGAGAAAGAGAUUAGGAAAGCGCUUCAUUGCUUGAGUCAAAGAACUAUCGGUAGCAAUACGCUUGUUCAGGGUGCUCUGCCUGCUAUUUUGAAGAACACGCCACAGGAAUUUUACGAUGAUAUUAUGAGAACGUUAUAUAAUCAUUCGAAAUUGGCGUACGAUUAUGUGAUUAAGAUUCCUGGACUGAAACCAAUAAUGCCCAACGGUGCAAUGUACAUGAUGGUUUACAUAGAUUUACCUUGUUUUCCGGAAUUUAAUUCCGACCUCGAAUUCGUGCAGCGAUUGCUAAUGGAGGAGUCCGUGUUUUGUCUUCCUGGCCAGUGCUUCGAUUAUCCAUCCUACAUAAGACUGGUCAUCACAGUUCCCAUGGAAAUAUUGGAGGAAGCUUGUCAGAGAAUUCAGGAAUUUUGCGAGAGGCAUCACUAUAAAACAGCCAAAGAUACGCAAAUAAAUAAUUUAAUUGCUACGUAUUGAAGUGCAAAUAUUAUUUUUUUGUGCUCUUUUUUUAUUAUUUAUAUUAUAGAAAAAGCGAUUUUGUUAGAUAAUCUAUUUUAUAAUAAAAUUGUUUUUGUAAAACACA